AUGGAAGCGACACCUUAUGUGGAGCGCUACACAAGUAGAAAAGAGUGGAAGAAAGACCUUGAUGCUGGAAUAAUGGAUCUGAACAUGGGCCAUGCUGUUGGGCGCGUCAAGAAGAGGAAGGCAGCCGAAGAAAUACCGCCGUCUGAUGACCGCGAGCGCAAACACACCGAGCAGCGUCGCCGUCGCCGCAAGAGACGUGAGAAUAAACUGGUGGCCGCGCCGCAGGAGGGCCCUGCUGGGGUCCACGUUAUUGGGCGCUUCAAAGUAAAUAAGGUCGAAGAAGAUAAUCCACAGUUUAAGGAUCAAGACAUCGACCAGACCACACAGACAGAGAUUUUCCUCAAGGAACGAGAUAUAAUACUGGUCGAUGCGCCGCAGAAGGGCCCUAGUGAGGUGGAUGUUCUCAAGAUGGAUCAAGAGGAGGAGAGAGUAGCUGAUUGUCUCGUGGAGGCUGUCAAGAUCGACCAAGCCUGUCAAGAUUUAGAGGAGGAGUCAGCUGAGAGUUUCACGGGUGCUGCCAAGAUGGGCGAAGCAUGUGGAGAGAUUAAGGAAGGGGCAGAUCGUGGUCUCAUGGAUGUUGCUGAGACUGACCCAGUAUGUGGAGAUGAGGUGGAAGGGGCAGCUGAGAGUCUAAUGUGUCCUACCAGGAUGGAACAAGCCCAUCAAUAUUUAGAGAAGGAGGUAGCUGAGAGUCUCACGGGUGCUGCCAAGAUGGGCGAAGCAUGUGGAGAGAUUAAGGAAGGGGCAGAUCAUGGUCUCAUGGAUGUUGCUGAGACUGACCAAGUAUGUGGAGAUGAGUUGGAAGGGGCAGCUGAGAGUCUAGUGAGUGCUGCAAAGAUGGAACAAGGCCAUCAAGAUAUAGAGGAGGAGGCAGCUGAGAGCGUCAUGGGUGCUGCCAAGAUGGGCGAAGCACGUGAAGAGAUUAAGGAAGGGGCAGAUCAUGGUCUCAUGGAUGUUGCUGAGACUGACCAAGUAUGUCGAGAUGAAGUGGAAGGGGCAGCUGAGAGUCUAACGUGUCCUACCAGGAUGGAACAAGCCCAUCAAUAUUUAGAGAAUGAGGCAGCUGAGAGUCUCACGGGUGCUGACAAGAUGGGCGAAGCAUGUGGAGAGAUUAAGGAAGGGGCAGAUCAUGGUCUCAUGGAUGUUGCUGAGACUGACCAAGCAUGUGGAGAUGAGGUGGAAGGGGCAGCUGAGAGUCUAGUGAGUGCUGCCAAGGUGGAACAAGCCCAUCAAGAUAUAGAGGAGGAGGCAGCUGAGAACGUCAUGGGUGCUGCCAAGAUGGGCAAAGCACGUGAAGAGAUUAAGGAAGGGGCAGAUCAUGGUCUCAUGGAUGUUGCUGAGACUGACCAAGUAUGUCGAGAUGAGGUGGAAGGGGCAGCUGAGAGUCUAACGUGUCCUACCAGGAUGGAACAAGCCCAUCAAUAUUUAGAGAAUGAGGCAGCCGAGAGUCUCACGGGUGCUGCCAAGAUGGGCGAAGCAUGUGGAGAGAUUAAGGAAGGGGCAGAUCAUGGUCUCACGGAUGUUGCUGAGACUGACCAAGUAUGUGGAGAUGAGGUGGAAGGGGCAGCUGAGAGUCUAGUGAGUGCUGCCAAGGUGGAACAAGCCCAUCAAGAUAUAGAGGAGGAGGCAGCUGAGAGCAUCAUGGGUGCUGCCAAGAUGGGCGAAGCACGUGAAGAGAUUAAGGAAGGGGCAGAUCAUGGUCUCAUGGAUGUUGCUGAGACUGACCAAGUAUGUGGAGAUGAGGUGGAAGGGGCAGCUGAGAGUCUAGUGAGUGCUGCCAAGGUGGAACAAGCCCAUCAAGAUAUAGAGGAGGAGGCAGCUGAGAGCGUCAUGGGUGCUGCCAAGAUGGGCGAAGCACGUGAAGAGAUUAAGGAAGGGGCAGAUCAUGGUCUCAUGGAUGUUGCUGAGACUGACCAAAUAUGUCGAGAUGAGCUGGAUGGGGCAGCUGAGAGUCUAACGUGUCCUACCAGGAUGGAACAAGCCCAUCAAUAUUUAGAGAAUGAGUCAGCUGAGAGUCUCACGGGUGCUGCCAAGAUGGGCGAAGCAUGUGGAGAGAUUAAGGAAGGGGCAGAUCAUGGUCUCAUGGAUGUUGCUGAGACUGACCCAGUAUGUGGAGAUGAGUUGGAAGGGGCAGCUGAGAGUCUAGUGAGUGCUGCAAAGAUGGAACAAGGCCAUCAAGAUAUAGAGGAGGAGGCAGCUGAGGGCGUCAUGGGUGCUGCCAAGAUGGGCGAAGCACGUGAAGAGAUUAAGGAAGGGGCAGAUGAGAGUCUUGUGGAUGCUUCUGAAAUUGACAAAGCAGGUGUUGAUGAGGAGGAAGAGACAGCUGAGAUUCUAGUGAAUCCUGCGAAGAUGGAAAAAGCUCCCCAAGACUUAGAGGAGGAGGCAGCUGAGAGUCUCAUGGGUGCUGCUGAGAUUGAUGAAGACUGUGCAGAUGAGGAGGAGGGGUCAGCCGAGACUCUCGUGAAUGUUGCAAAGACGGAACAAGCCCCUAGAGAUCUAGAGGAGGGCGCAGCCGAGAGUGUCAGUGGUGAUGCCAAGAUGAAGGAAGUCAGUGUAGAGGUGGUGGAGGGGGUUGCUGGGCAUGCUGUUGGGCGCGUCAAGAAGCGAAAGGCAGCCGAAGAAACACCACCGUCUGAUGACCGCGAGCGCAAACACACCGAGCAGCGUCACCGUCGCCGCAAGACACGUGAGAAUAAACUGGUCGCCGCGCCGCAGGAGGGCCCUGCUGGGGUCAACGUUAUUGGGCGCUGCAAAGUAACUAAGGUCGUAGAAGAUAAUUCAUCGUUUAAGGAUCAAGACUUCGACCAGACUACACAGAGAGAUAUUUGCCUCAAGGAACGAGAUAUAACACUGGUCGAUGCGCCGCAGGAGGGCCCCAGUGAGGUGGACGGUGCCAAGAUGGAUCAAGAGGAAGAGAGAGUAGCUGAGUGUCUUGUGGAUGCCGUCAAGAUGGAACAAACCUGUCAACAUUUAGAGGAGGAGGAACCCGAGAGUCUCAUGGGUGCUACCAAGAUUGGUGAAGCGUGUGGAGAGAUUGAGGAAGGGGCAGAUGAGGGUGUCGUGGACGCUUCUGAUAUUGACCCAGCAUGUGGAGAUGAGGAGGAAGCGGCAGCUGAGAGUGUAGUGAAUGCUGCUAGGAUGGAAGAAGCCCAUCAAGAUUUAGAGGAGGAGGCUGCUGAAAGUCUCAUGGGUGCUACCAAGAUGGGUCAAGCGUGUGGUGAAAUUGAGGAAGGGGCAAAUGAGGGUGUCGUGGACGUUUCUGAUAUUGACCCAGCAUGUGGAGAUGAGGAGGAAGCGGCAGCUGAGAGUGUAGUGAAUGCUGCUAGGAUGGACGAAGCCCAUCAAGAUUUAGAGGAGGAGGCUGCUGAAAGUCUCAUGGGUGCUGCCAAGAUGUGUGAAGAGUUUGGAGAGACUGAGGAAGCCGCAGAUGAGGGUGUCUUGGACAUUUCUGAUAUUGACCCAGGAUGUAGAGAUGAGGAGGAAGGGGCAGCUGAGGGUCUAGUGAAUGCUGCCAGGAUGGAAGAAACCCAUCAAGAUUUAGAGGAGGAGGCUGCUGAAAGUCUCAUGGGUGCUGCCAAGAUGGGUCAAGUGUGUGGUGAAAUUGAGGAAGGGGCAAAUGAGGGUGUCGUGGACGUUUCUGAUAUUGACCCAGCAUGUGGAGAUGAGGACGAAGCGGCAGCUGAGAGUGUAGUGAAUGCUGCUAGGAUGGACGAAGCCCAUCAAGAUUUAGAGGAGGAGGCUGCUGAAAGUCUCAUGGGUGCUGCCAAGAUGUGUGAAGAGUUUGGAGAGACUGAGGAAGCCGCAGAUGAGGGUGUCUUGGACAUUUCUGAUAUUGACCCAGGAUGUAGAGAUGAGGAGGAAGGGGCAGCUGAGGGUCUAGUGAAUGCUGCCAGGAUGGAAGAAACCCAUCAAGAUUUAGAGGAGGAGGCUGCUGAAAGUCUCAUGGGUGCUGCCAAGAUGGGUCAAGCGUGUGGUGAAAUUGAGGAAGGGGCAAAUGAGGGUGUCGUGGACGUUUCUGAUAUUGACCCAGCAUGUGGAGAUGAGGAGGAAGCGGCAGCUGAGAGUGUAGUGAAUGCUGCUAGGAUGGACGAAGCCCAUCAAGAUUUAGAGGAGGAGGCUGCUGAAAGUCUCAUGGGUGCUGCCAAGAUGUGUGAAGAGUUUGGAGAGACUGAGGAAGCCGCAGAUGAGGGUGUCUUGGACAUUUCUGAUAUUGACCCAGGAUGUAGAGAUGAGGAGGAAGGGGCAGCUGAGGGUCUAGUGAAUGCUGCCAGGAUGGAAGAAACCCAUCAAGAUUUAGAGGAGGAGGCUGCUGAAAGUCUCAUGGGUGCUGCCAAGAUGGGUCAAGCGUGUGGUGAAAUUGAGGAAGGGGCAAAUGAGGGUGUCGUGGACGUUUCUGAUAUUGACCCAGCAUGUGGAGAUGAGGAGGAAGCGGCAGCUGAGAGUGUAGUGAAUGCUGCUAGGAUGGAAGAAGCCGAUCAAGAUUUAGAGGAGGAGGCAGCUGAAAGUCUCAUGGGUGCUGCCAAGAUGUGUGAAGAGUUUGGAGAGACUGAGGAAGCCGCAGAUGAGGGUGUCUUGGACAUUUCUGAGGAGGAAGGGGCAGCUAAGGGUCUCGUGAAUGCUGCCAGGAUGGAUCAAACCCACCAAGAUUUAGAGGAGGAGGCAGCUGAAAGUCUCAUGGGUGCUGCCAAAAUGGAGGAAGUCCAUGUAGUGGUGGAGGGGGCAGCUGAGAGACCCUGUAACCAACCCUCGGGUGCCGCUUGCACCCACUGA